AUGGACCAAGUGCGAGCGUCCACACAGCAAGGGCGACAUUUUUUCUCACCGGCAGGGUGGCAUCUAACACAGUCGAGCAGCACACCGUCCUGUCGCUAGCCACACCGUCACGGACCGCAGUUGUUAGCUCGUGCUUGACGUCUGCUCAAAGCUGACCGGCUGCAAUCACCUCCUGACGACAAGCCAGCCUAGCCUGGCCUGCUGCACGAUUUGAUCGAGAAAAAAGGUGCACAGUUUUUGUCAAACGCGUUUCGAUUUCUCCAGUUGUUGUUAGUUUUCGCGCCAUUGGAUGAAGCAGAAGUGGCUAUCGUCUGUGAAAGAGAUCUGUGAAUUUUCGCCGUUUUCUCCAACAGAUUGUAGAUCUAUCAGGUCUAGAGAUUUAUUCGGAGUUGGGCGACCAAUAUUUACAAUAUAGAUGAAAAAGUUAACAGGUUUCUUAAUUCUUGGAUUAAACUCUUUUAUUUCACGAUGUGGCAGGAAUUUCUAAUUAACAUAUUGGGUAAAUUAGUCUCAAGUUGAUACAAGCAAAUUACUUAAAUCUCUGGAAAUAUUUUUUUUAGUUAUUAAGGCUUGACUGGAUUUCUAGACUCUAGAUCUAGAAUAGAUCUUUUUAAUCUAGUUUUCCCAAAGGUUUACAAAAGAAAUUUUUUGGUCAUUUCGGCUUUUGGAGGUUAAAUUAAGCCUUUAUUUACCGGACUGAGAAUUGACUGGAUUUGGAGGAUAUACUGACCACUGUCAUCUGCAGCUACACCCACCCAGGUGACACCCAUGCAUCACCCAAGCUACUACCCGGGGCAGGCCAAUACAGGUGUCUCACCUUUUUCAUCCUCCCCCCACACAGCCAGCCAGGCCAGUAUGUAUGACGACGAGCUGUUCACCCAGAGGGCGCGGGCGUUCCCCCUGUCCCACGGGCUGAUGCCUACCCCACAGUUCUCGCCCUUCGCCUUCUCCAUGCAUCACGACCCUAUGUCGCUUGCUGUGAGCCAGGGCCAACAGUUUGGAGGCUACCACCACCUUGCCUCACCCGACCACAAGCGCGUGCUGUCCGGCAGCCAGGCCGACACAGUGGACAAGAACAUCAAGGUCACCCUGGAGAACCGGGAACUCUGGGGGAAGUUCCAUUCCCUGGGAACGGAGAUGAUCAUCACAAAAACCGGACGCCGGAUGUUCCCCACCAUGAAGGUCACGCUGGACGGCCUUGACCCUCACGCCAAGUACAUCCUGCUGGUGGACAUCGUGCCCGUGGACGACUGCCGCUACAAGUACCACAACUCGGAGUGGGUGGUGACGGGCAAGGCGGAGCCCCACAUGCCGGGGCGCCUGUACAUCCACCCCGACUCCCCCGCCUCGGGGGGCCACUGGAUGAAGCAGCCGGUCACCUUCCACAAGCUCAAGCUGACCAACAACAAUCUGGACCAAAACGGACACAUCAUUCUCAACUCCAUGCACAAGUACCAGCCGCGCCUGCACGUGGUACAGGCCAACGACAUCUUCACCAUGCGGUGGAACACCUUCAACACCUACUCAUUCGAGGAGACGACCUUCAUCGCCGUCACAGCCUACCAGAACGAACAGAUCACCCAGUUGAAAAUCGACCACAACCCGUUCGCUAAAGGUUUCCGUGACAACGGCCUGGGCAGGAAUUGUGCCUUUUCCAGAGACCACAGGCUGCCAAUGAAGAGGACACAGGAAGGAGACAUUGAGAGGGAGAAAGAUGAUCCAGUGAAGCGCAGCAGACCUGACGACAUGCUGGUGAUGAAGAUGGAGGGCCACAGGAUGACGUCAACACAGGCCAUCAAGGAGGAGCGCCUGACGUCACAGGUUGACUCGACCGAUGACGUCUCGCAGGACCGCAGCGACCUGAUGACGUCAUCCACGUGCCAGAUGCUCUCCGGGAAACAUGACGUCAGCAGCAAGCGGAUGACCCCCAGCGAGAGCAGCCCCAUCCCCUCCCCGACACAGUGUCAGUACGGCGGGGGGUUAAAGACGGGGGGCUACGGCCCUUGCAUGAGCGGGCCGGGGGACUCGGUCUACUACCCUCACCACCACCCCACCGCCGGCCGCAUGGGCGGGUCAGCCUCCUUCCUCCCUGCUGCCGCCUCCUCCCCGCUCCUCCCUAACAUGAACCCGGGGUUGAGUUUCAGCUCACAGAUGGCGGCAUGCCGGCUGGCCGCCCAGUCGCCGUCCGACUGCGCUCUACGGCAGUCGGCCUCAUCGUCUUCAGUACAGCCCGGGUACGGUCUCAGGCCCAGCCCCAGCCAGGGCCCCCACGGGCCGCUCUCCUCCUGCACGUACAUGCAGUCCCCCCAGGCCGGGUACAGCUCACACCACCUCACAGCCAACAUGCACGUCAUGAACAUGAACUUUCCCGGCCAGCUAGCGUGACGUCAGAGUCUCGAUCUCUUCCGGUCGUCGUCGUCACACACUGACGUCAUCUCGCCGCCAUCGCGCAGUGACGUCACUUCGCCGCCAUUGCUGGUUGACUAUUGAAUGUCUCGUGUACAUACACACUUGCUCGUACGCCGUACACAGUCAUGUACAUACUGGACAGUACAAUGUACAGUCAACUCAUAACUCGCCCAAGACCUGUUGGCUAACUCAGGCCAACCCUUAUACAUGCAUUUCUUUUGAACUUUGACCCCAUACAUGAGUACCACAAGGUGUAAAUAUAGCAACAGAACCCAGUCCAUGUAUAUGUUGAUCUAUUUUUAAGACUCACCAAUGAGAGCUUGUGCUUGUUGAUAAUGUGAUUUGGUCAACCAAUCGUUGCCCAUAGAAGACUGAACGUGUAGCAAGUCGGUGGCGCUAAACACCGAAAGUUCAGGAAACAGACAGCAACAUCACAGUACAUUCAUACGUGCAACAGCAGACUUUUUGUCCGGAAUUUUUUUUUAAACUCAUUUCUGACUGGUGUCGCCUAAAUUCUGAUUUUUUUGUCAUUAAAAUAAAUAAAAAAAUUGAAACAUUCAAAUUUUAAAAAAUACAUUGGGAAUCAAAACAAUGACGUCAUCUGUCAUGUAGUCUAUAGGUGUAGUUCAAU